AUGAAACCACGCGCAUCUUAUUUCACCUCCCGUCAGUACCCCAAGGACGAGCCAGCAGCACGCGCUGAGAUGUUCAACCUGGGACCUGCGGAACGUGGAUCGCACGAUUCCCACUAUGAAGCAAAGAACGAUCCCGAGCCAACGUUUCGCGAGAAAUGGUCGAAUUUUCCAUGGAAGACGUUUCUGGUAAUCUCAACAUCACCGCUCGCCUUAGCCCCAAUUAUUGUUCUCUCAGCUGCAGCAGAAGCAGCAUUGCAAAACUACAUUGGCGGGCGCGAAUACUAUACCAUUGGUUGCUAG